ACCAAACCUUCACUCGUGUUCAUACUUUACAGAAAUGGAUCGACUUACGAGUUUUACUAUUUUGUUGUUUUUACUAGUUCUUCAAACAGCUGACCUCGAAGCGAAGAAAUGUACAAAGAAGACCCUUUAUUAUGCUGCACAACAUUACUGUUCUUCAACCUUUUUGUGGUGGUGCAACUCCUACGGAUACAGACGUAUAACUGUAUACCAGUGGACCUCGGUAUGCUGUCCGGGAUACGUCGGAAGUGACUGUGAAACACCCAUAUGCAACCCUCCGUGCGCUAACGGAGGGACCUGUGUGUCUCCUAACACCUGUUCUUGCCCCAGUAUCGUGGGAGGAGCUUCUUGCCAAGAAAUCGUGACAUGUUCACAUUUAAAACCCUGUUUCCCUGGAAACUGCAGUGGUACCUCUUGUUCCUGUGAUGGGGGUUUCAGCGGGGACGCCUGUCUUCAAUUUGAUAAAACCCGAACUGCAAAAAUUAACAGUUUAAACACCACCUUAAUGAAUGUCAAGCGAUCUGAUGGACGUCAGCUGUACGAGUUUAAUGCAGACGCUUUCUCCAACUUCCAGUCGAUAUGGGUGGACCGGAAGGAUUAUAACUACUUCUUGAUUUAUUUCGAGGCUCUUUUCAGUCCCGAAAUUCCCUAUCCACCAUCUUACAUUCACGAACAUGGCAUUGGGAUAGUAUCAGCAUACGCAAGAGUCGUCCAAUCGAAAAUAGGCCGAGCUGGUGGAGAGGCGAUUGAUGUAAGUUUAAAUACGACACUCUCGUGUCCUGGCACCUACAAUGAUACCUCACCAAGCAAUGAGCCCGUGAAAUGCAAUAUUUCAUACGAUCAAUUCAACAGGAUCAUUGAAGACGGGGACAAUCUAAAGAUACUGGCAGUUGCAGAAGUCGGUGGCUAUAGAAAUGUGUGGAACCAGACACACUUUGUGAGGCGAGAAAUAUAUCACCGAGCGAUGUCUGAGAAAUCCAUUAACAUCAUGUUUGAUUUUUCAAAGCCUAAGCACUGUUUGCAAUCUAAUAAUUGUACAACACAGUUAUUACCAAUGAAAAUACCGAAUGAUGCAAGUAAGGAUCCCUUCACAUUCGAUGUUGAUGGAUGGCGUGAUAUUCCUUCUGGAAUUAAAAAAUACUCCCUAGAAGUACAUAAAUUAAAGAAAAAGCUGCAUUCUGAUACAUUGACCGAAGAAGCACCGAUGGAUCCGUUCUACCACGAAGAGAGAAAUAUAUCUAGUCUUCCCUUCUCGGAGUUCACACCACCAGAUUCAGGAAUUUACUCAUUCAUCUUACAAGUUACAGACAAAGCAAAUAACUCGGAGUUUGCAAGACAAAUUGCUAUAUAUGACCCAAAUUCUACAAUCUCAAUUACUGCAGAAAGCAAUCUCUUCGUGUCCACUGCAGAAGGACUCAGCAAUUACAGUUGGCAAUCAGAAUGUUUAACUGUACAAGUCACGUGGAACGAUUACUUCAUCAACUCCUUCCAUUUAGAAAACCACCUCUUGUUACCCAUCGAACCGUUUCCAAUUCAACUCAGAGGAGGUAACAUCGAAGAAUUGAAGAGUGAAAUAGUAAAAGAUGUGAAGGAUGAUUAUGACGAUCACUAUGGAAAGAGAACAGUGUCAGCUGUAAAACACGUUAACGGUAUAACUGAAUUUGAAGUAUAUUAUACUUAUAUCGCUUAUUCAAAUUCUUCCACAAGUAAUAACACACACCACUUCAAUGAAACAAGUACAACUGAUGUAACAACCACGGAAGCCACCGUCCAAACAACUGGGACUGAGAGUUCCAAUGACACCCUUCUUUCAACAGUAUACCCUGAAAAUUCCAACGACACCUUUCUUUCAACAGUAUACCCUGAAAACCCCAACGAAACGGAUUAUUCUACCACUGUUGUGACGACAAGCCAGGGAACCACUACACGACCUUGCUUGUCUGCAACUAACAGUGGAAACAUGGAAAACCAGUGGAUUAAAAUUGCAAAUAUCACCCAUGGUAAAUACACUCUUGAACACGAGUGGAAAGACGGCGACAGCAUGAAUAUCUCUAUCAGGGCUCGCGAUAUAACUAACAACACGAGGACUGCUUCUAGACGGGUGAAUUUUGACGCCUCGCCACCUACAUCGAGUGACGCCAUAUUUACAAAAAAUGUCGGCAACAGAACACACGAAUAUUCGAGCAGCGUUAGAAUAACAGCUUCUGACGUCCACAGUGGGAUCCGAUUGGUACAGUGGCGACUGAAAGAUAAAAACAAACAAAACGAGAUCUAUAAAGAGGGAUACUUCCGCAACAACCCAGUCCAGCUAUCUGACUGUUCCACCAGUGAUGGCUGCUACUGUCUACCCAUGGGAGAGUGUUACAAGAAGAACAUGGAGUUUGAUUUUGACAACUGUUGGCUGGCUAUCAGUAAACCUCUCUUGUCCAAUGCCAGUUUCAUUCUAGAAAUCGAAGCCUUCAAUCAGGCCAUGUUAGCGUGGAAUGUUACGUAUCACGAGUUAAGCAGUUUGACAUCCUUUGAUGGAAUUGAUGGUGGUGAUGGGAUACGAAAUCUGAACAGAGAGUCUUUUGCGGACGGUUUCAGGUUUACAUGGGAAAAUGUUCCAUCAUGUUACAAGGCAUCUUACAUCACUAUUUUCGUAUAUGUUGAUUGUGAUAAAUCCAAACCGCCACAAGAAGUCACUCUCCCGACGGAUAAAACGGAGUAUACCUUGUCCAAUCUUGAGGCAGGAAAAGAAUACUGCAUUGAUGUAGUUUCAAACAAUACGGGAGUAAAACAACAGUUAUUGGAAACCUGGACCGUGGAGACACCGACUGCUAUUCCGGUGGCCAUGAUCGCUGCCGUCAGCGCAGUAAUCGCCAUCCUGUUGGGUAUCAUUCUGAUCUUCGUCCUGCUAUGGAGAAAUGGACACUUAAAUGCAGAAACAAAACGUCGAUUGACUAUGUAUCUCAAAAGACCAGUGACCAUGAUGAUGGGAAAACGAAAGACUGGGUUUUACAGUGGGCGUUUUCAAGACGAAGAUAUCUACGACUUUGGUCAAAUGGUGUUCUCCGAGAACGAAGGAUGGUUGUACACUUUCGAUGAUAUAUCACUAAAGGGGAAACUUAAAUCGGGAGACUUCGCUGAUAUCUAUCUAGCGGAACUGUGCCAAAAAGAUACCGCUAUUGCCAAAAUCUUGAAAGAGGACUACACCCAGGAAGACCGCCUUGUUCUGCAGGCCAAAAUCAGUUUCUUCGCCACUGAGGUCCCACCACAUGAGAACAUCAUACAUUUCCUUGGAUCAGUCCUCAACCACCCCAUCUUUGGUCCAUACAUGCUGCUGGAGUAUUGUGAGCUUGGACAGCUGCGGGAAUGGCUGAUAGACCACAGAAAUAAGGUCACCGACGAACUUAUAACAGACUUCUGUAAAAUGGUUCACGGUAUUGCAAAAGGGAUGGAGGCUCUGGAACAGAAGGAGAUUGUUCAUAGACGAUUGGCGACAAGAAACAUCCUUCUGACCUCCCGCCUCGUUCCUAGGGUAGCAGGAUUCGGACCCACUCCAGAGGAAGGGAAAAAUGAAGUGAACAAGGUCGCAGCCAAGGAGAGAAGACCGAUUAAAUGGCUAGCUCCAGAGUGUUACGAGUCUAUGAAAAACUGUACUUCUAUGAGUGAUGUUUGGGCAUUUGGGGUUGUAAUCUGGGAAAUAUUUAGCACUGGACAGAAUCCAUACCCAGGAAUUGAUGCUAAAACUAUCCCAAUGAGAGUGAAAAACGGCUAUAGAAUGAGUACCCCUGAAUUCUGUCCCGAAACCAAUGGGAUAUUAAUGGAGCAUUGUUGGGAAUCUAACCCCAAGGACAGACCGACCUUCAGUCACGUGGUGACGACAUUGGACAGUUACUAUGACGCAAGGUAUCCGUGCGACUUCGAGGCUAUGGACACAGUGUAAUCUGUACACAUCUUUUCCUGUCAGGAAAAACAUGCAUGCUCGUCUUUUUCAUGCACCAGUGCUACAACAAGUUCCUAAAUGUCAAACACAACUGCCUUUGAUUAGAAAAUGCUCAGAAUGUUUUACACACAUUUGUUUUCAGAGAACUUUUAUAGAAUAAAUAUACAUAUAGUUCAUUUCAUUCAUACAAAUAACGAAAAAUAAAUAUUAUGUUAGAAUCCUUUUUUUCCCCUUUCAAUACUUGUAUUUUCUUUCAUGUUUUAGGACAGUUAUAUAAUUCGUUAAAGCUAUUGUCAGUAUCUGAUUAUCCUAUGAAUUGAACUCUUUCAUCAUCAAAAUUAGUUAACAAAUAUUAUGAAAUUAUGGAUAUAUGUAUGAAAGCAGUUUGGAUUUGUUUGGUGGUUUUUUUAAAAUAUUAACCUCCCAAUGUUUUCAUAUCCCCCAUAACACAAACAAAUUAUGCAUUCAAUCAUUACAUACAUAGAUAGAAAUAUUUUGUAAUAUCCAGCAAGUACAUGUAUAGUAGACCGCAUAUUAUAUAUCGAGAAUCAUUAUUAUCAAUCACUAGAUCUAUUUGUGGUUGUGUUAGAAAGUAUGCAUGGGGAAAUGAGAAAUCGUUUUGUUUGUUUAAUUAUUAAUUAUUGUUUCGAUAGAGUAAUAACAUGUAUAACAGUUCUGAAUAAAAGAUUUUAAAAAUAUA